AUGUUCUCCGCCGCCGUAUUCUUGGCCACAAACGGCGGUGAUUGUUGGGUUCCCGCUGAGAUAAAUCCUCUGAAGCCGAGGCCAACGCCGCAAAACCUGAACCCUACCAGGCCUAAACUGGACAGCACAGGCCUUGAACUCCCCAAGGGCACCUCCCGCUCCUUCCAAGCUCCCACCGGCUGGUCCAACCGUUUCUGGGGACAAACCGGCUGCGAUUUCGACAAUUUUGGCAGAGGUUCCUGCGCCACCGCCGAUUGUGGUUCCGGGCGAAUCGAAUGCAAGGGGGCCGGCGCCAGCCCCCUGGCACUUUAG